CCCCUCUCUGUCAGGGUUCCUUCGUACAUGUUGAGGCCGGGCCACGUGCUUGAUGCCGAGGACACUCGGGAGAUCAUCGAGCUGGCAAAAAAAGUCUGUGGCAUAAAGGAUGACCCGUUCGAACGCUUCCGGGGGGACCCCGCCGGUUUACGCAAGUUCCUGAAGGCGGAGAACAGGCGAGAGAGGGAGGAGAUCCGGACUGAGGAAAGGGAGCGCAGCAGAAAGCUGCGGAAUCUCGAGCGGAGAGUAAAGUAUGCGCAGAGGCAGGUCCACGCGAUGAUUCACCCCCGGCCGCCCCGUCCCGAAAUGGAUGGCCCCGUCAUUGUUGUUGUUGAUCCUAGAUAGAUUGAUGCGCGUGGUGGUUUUGAUGUAUGUUGUGUGAUGUCUUUGUUGCUUCGGUGCUUGGGAUUUGACGUGUGUGCCGCGUAUAUUAGUAGGUAGUUCUUUGUGCCCGUGUGUGAUGUCUGAGACUUUGUAUUAGUAGUUUGUACUUAGUAGUAUCGGAUGGAACUCGAUGUCUUGUUCGAACGGGGCCUAGCGGGCUGAUGACUUACAUCUGUAUAACGCUGAUAGACGAAGUUCGCGGCUACUAGUGGCUCGCUGACGUUGCUUUUCGCUUGCCUUGUAUAACAAGCAGACAAUGAACG